AUGGAGAAUAGUACAAAGGUGACUGAGUUCAUUCUUGUGGGAUUAACCAAUGACCCCAAACUACAAAUCCCACUCUUUAUCAUCUUUCUUUUCAUCUACAUUGUCAGUUUGGUUGGAAACCUAGGACUAAUUGCACUGAUUCUCUUGGACUCUCGGCUCCACACCCCCAUGUACUUUUUCCUCAGUAACCUCUCCCUGGUGGACUUUGGUUAUUCCUCUGCUGUCACUCCCAAGGUAAUGGCAGAAUUUCUCACAGGUGACAAAAUCAUCUCCUAUAAUGCUUGUGUCACCCAGUUCUUCUUCUUUGUAGCCUUUAUCACUGUGGAAAAUUUCCUUUUGGCCUCUAUGGCCUAUGACCGCUAUGCAGCAGUGUGUAAACCACUGCAUUACACCACCACCAUGACAACAAAUGCGUGUGCUUGUCUGGUCAUAGGGUCCUAUGUCUGUGGUCUCCUCAAUGCCUCCAUCCACACUGGGAAUACUUUCAGGCUCUCCUUCUGCAGGUCCAAUAUAGUCAAACACUUUUUCUGUGAUGCUCCCCCUCUCUUAUCUCUGUCAUGCUCAAACAGUUAUAUCAGUGAGAUGGUUAUAUUUUUUGUGGUGGGUUUCAAUGUCUUCUUUUCUAUCCUAGUAAUUUUGAUCUCCUAUUUAUUUAUACUUAUCACCAUCCUAAGGAUACAAUCAUCUGAAGGACGGAAGAAGGCAUUUUCCACCUGUGCUUCUCACCUCACGGCAGUCUGCAUCUUCUAUGGGUCAGGCAUCUUUAUGUACUUACAGCCCAGCUCCAGUCAUUCCAUGGACACAGAUAAAAUAGCGUCCGUUUUCUAUUCCAUAGUCAUUCCCAUGCUGAAUCCACUGGUCUACAGUGUGAGGAACAAAGAGGUUAAGAGUGCCUUUAAGAAGGCUGUGGUGAAGGCAAAGUCUUCUAUAGAAUUCAUAUUUUAA